AUGAAAAUUACGGCUUGUUUGCAAAUCGGCCUCGCUCAUGGACUCCUCCAAAACGGCGGCAAAAUCACAAGGCGAAAAAGAAUCCACCAAAUAGACAUUCAAAACGACGAUCCAGAGUCAUUUUCUUCCGACUACUCGAGUUUUGUCCCUGUGACAUUUAAGGAUUUUUCAUCGCACGGGCCAGUGGUGUCCAGUGUCUCCAGUUCGGAUUCUUUUGAUGAUUCGGACUUUGAGAGGGAUGAAAUCUGCUCUCCUCAUAUUCCGAUCUGCGAGCCGGAAAUGCAAACGUGCACCGCGGAAAUGAAAAAGGAGGAGGAUUGCUCCUGCGACUGUGUUCAGGAGCCGCCAUUGCCUUGCGAACUUGACAUUGCUGUUCUCGUCGAUGUCUGUAGCUGUUCCAUCGAUGUCUGGAACGCGAUGAAAAGCUACCUUCAGACAAUGAUCAAAAAAAUCGACCGCGAUUUCGGAAUUGGGCCCGAAAAGGCACGAAUCAGCAUCAUCCAAUACUCAAAAGAUACAGAAGUCGUUACGAAUUUCGUCGAAGCAGCGAGCUACAUUCCAGAUAUGCUGAUCAACAAAGCGAGAAAUCUGGAAAUGGACAAGUUUGUUGCUCAAGGAAGCUACGUUACAAAUGGACUGAAAAAUGUGAUUGAAAAUUUUGCCGACGCAAGAGAAAACUCAAAACGAGUUUUGCUAACAAUCACAGACGGCUACAAUCACCCAUCUGUUUCCGUGGCUGACAUCAAAGGGGCAAUGAAACUGCUCCAUGACGCCAUGGAGGUUGAUGUCCAUACAAUCGCCCGAGGAGACCAUUCUAUCAUGACGGAAAAUGAGUGUGCUGCGCACAUGACUUCUGCUCAAGCAGUUGAAAUUUGCAAGAAACGGGCUGCUACGCUGAGAUAUCUGAAUGGAAAUGACCCGCAUAUUGACAAGUACACAGAUGCAUGGGCAGCAAAAACAUUCGUCGACAACGUAAUCAGCUUGUGCCCCAAGCGCGAAAAAGAGCAAAUCCACUGCGACUGCAAAUGCCCCCUUCCUACUGGUUGCCAGGGCGAGCGAGGACCCGCCGGUGUUCCUGGCGAACAAGGAAAACGCGGUGAAAGCGGUUGCACUGGUGAAGAUGGUCUUCCCGGUGAACAAGGUCCAAUUGGUCCCGUCGGCCCGAUGGGUGUUCCCGGUCGCGAUGGUCAACCAGGCUUCCCAGGACCAAAAGGUGAACCGGGCAAACUCGCUGAUCAUGGAGCUCACGGACCGAGAGGCGAGAAAGGACCAGCCGGAGAGCAAGGACCCAAAGGACUUCCCGGGUCAUCCGGAGAACCUGGUGAUUGCGGACGACAAGGGCCACCUGGAAAAUCUGGUCGCUGUGGAAUUAAGGGAAUGCCUGGCGCUAACGGACCAAAAGGCAAAGCUGGCUAUAUGGACUCAAACGAACUUCGGCGCCAGGUUUUCGCAAUCUUGGAUCAACUGAAACCGCAAUAA